AUGGUCGUGCUUCAUGAUUACACUGAUUCUGAAGCAUUAAAUCGUCGCUUGAGCGUUCGCGAUCAACAUUUACAAGGUGCUUUGAAGGCUGAAAGUGAAGGAAAUCUGCUCGUUGGCGGUGCCAUCUUGGACAAUCAUGAGUCAAGUAAAAUGAAGGGAAGCGUUCUGUUAUUAGCCGCCAAAUCAGUUGAAGAAAUUGACGAAAUGAUUAUUCAAGAUCCUUAUUACAAGGCAAAGGUUUGGGAGAAAUGGGAGGUAUACCCUAUCAAAUGCGCUAUUGGGCCAAAAUAG